AUGGCUUUUCUUUGCGGGUUUCCGCCGCGUCGCCGUUUCUUAAGCCGCAAGCGUGACGAUCCGGAUUUUCCAAAGCGAUCUCGAACAAUAUCCAUUUUCGGAAGCUCAAAUAAGAAUGCACGUCAAGCGCUGCGCAGCUUGGUCGGAGUCUCAACGUUAAUACCACCUGAUAAAUCAGCGCCACUGUCACCAAACGACCCAAUCGAAAUCAAGACGCCUAUUGGCAACAGGUUCCACGAUAUAGUUGAUGAGCUCUACGAUGGAUUGAAGGGGGACGAAGAUUUAUUAUCAAGGGAGAAGCUCUACGUCUUCCUCAAAGACGUUCAGUGCGAGCCCAUUAUUAAGAAUCUCGACAAGGAGCAGUAUACAGCGGGCGAAUUCCGUCGCGUGUUGGUGGAAGGCUAUGACGUGAAUGCAAUUGGGCCGCCUCCAGAGAAGGAUCUCUCGAGACCUCUGACCAAUUAUUUCAUCAGCAGUAGCCAUAAUACAUACCUGGAUGGUAAUCAACUUUCAUCGACCAGUACUCCAGAAGCCUACAGAAACGUUCUCUCUCGAGAUUGCCGCUGUAUCGAGAUCGAUGUCUGGAAUGGAAACCCUUCUCCAAGUCGAGAGAGAUCAAAAUCCCCUGUUGGAGGACACAGUAGAGGUCCAUCCAGGACGACCCUGACCAACGUAGCUCCUGUAACUGCACCGGGGAACGUGGAUCAAAAGGUCAAGGUGGCGGUCAACCAUCUUCUAGGAGAAAAGUCUUCUCUUCACUCACGAAGCCCGAGUGCGCACAGCCGCACUGUGGUGGAAGACUUAUCCCCAAGGACAAGCCUUCUGAACCUAUCAGAUACGAAGGAGUCAAAUGAUAGACUAGAGGUCUUCCAGGCGCAUUCUCCAAGAUCUCCUCGACAACUUCAACCGCACCAAUCGCCCCGGCAACCUCGACAGCACAGUCCUCCUCGAGGCGAACCAAUUGUGACCCACGGACACACCUUGACAGUUCCCUGCGGUUUUAGAGAAGUAUGUAAGGCUAUUAAGGAGUCCGCAUUUGAGAACAAUGACUUGCCAGUCAUCAUUAGCUUGGAGGUCCACGCGGAUCAUGAACAACAAGAGGUGAUGGUGAGGAUCAUGAAAGAGGAGUGGCAAGGCUUCCUUGUGACUGAGGCACACGAAGAUUUUGAUCCAAGAUUCCGUCUUCCCAAAUUGCAGGACCUGAAACGCAAAAUUUUGGUCAAGGUGAAGAAAGCUACCGUCACAAUGGAGCCAGUUAGUUCUCAGAAUCCGUUAGACAGCGCAGCGCAGGUCGUCUCUCAAACCACUUCGCUGACCGCCUCGCAAGUCACCGGGAAUAACAUGACAAAGUGCUCCUCCCAAAGCACUUGGGAAAACGCACCCGAUCGACUUGUCGCAGGUCCAGGAGACUCAGAUACAAUCUCAUCAGAAAACAAUGCAAGCCACAACUAUUUCUCGGAGACGCCAGCAAAACGCGCCUCUGCGACAGCCGUUCCAGUUGCAUCCCCUGACAAGGUCAACACGGGCCGCAUAUGCCAAAGCUUGGGUGAUUUGGCAGUAUACACGCGAAGCGAACACUUCAGGACCUUUGAAGCAAAGGAAGCAAAGCGGCCUGCCCAUGUAUUCUCGAUUAGCGAGAAGCGUAUCCUAGAGCUUUAUCAGAGACACCGACGCGAUGUGUUCUCACACAACAAGAAUUAUUUCAUGAGGGCCUAUCCCGAUAAGAUGCGAUGGGACAGUUCCAACCCUGACCCCAGCCUGUUUUGGAGACGCGGAGUACAAAUGGUGGCCAUGAAUUGGCAAAAGACGGAUACGGGCAUGAUGAUCAACGAAGGCAUGUUUGCAGGCGAGAAUGGCUGGGUCCUCAAACCUCCUGGAUACCAAAGCUCGGACAAGUCGUCUGAAUCCCACGACGAGGCAACGCCUGGACGCACAUUAAACCUUCGCCUCACCAUAUUCGCAGGUCAAAAUAUUCCCACGCAAAGCGACGAUUCGGGGGACGAACCCAGAAGCGGAAGCGCCAUUCGUCCCUACGUCAAGGUCACGCUUCAUGUAGAGAAGUCUGAGCUGGCCACGGGCAAGGAAAUAAACGAAAGCAACUACAAGAAGAGAACAGGUGCAGGGGCAACGAAUAACCCCAAGUUCCCCGAGUCUAGGAGACAGCUUGAAUUCGCCGGCAUAACCAACGUCGUCCCUGAGCUCAGUUUCGUCCGUUUCCGGAUCGGUGACGAUACCCGCUUGAGCACAUCAAUACUGGCAUGGGCAUGUAUCCGUCUCGACCGUCUCCGGCCGGGAUACCGCUACAUUCCGCUGAUGGACAUGGAAGGCACUCCUAUACCCCACGGGGCACUAUAUGUCAAAAUCGAGAAAUCCACGGUAUAA